AUGACAUCCAUGGACCUGGGCUUUUUGCCCAAGAUCAAAUGUUCGAAUUGCGGGCAGAAUGUCGAGAUUUCGGCCAUGGGAGACCAUGUGUGCACCCCGAGUGAGCAGAAGACACCGGUGACGGCAAUGGGAUCACCCCCAUCCAACAUGAUCAGCCCGAAGACUUCCAAUGCCACAUCAGAUGCGACCAGACUCCCUUCUCCUCCACCGUCGGCAGGCUUGGAGACUCCGGAUCACUUGAAGGUGGUUAUUGGUAGUAGAUCAAGUCGAUUGGGAGCACCCCCUCGCAUCGACCCGUCGAUCGCCAAUCGCCCUUUCCUUCAAUCGACUCUUACUACGCCAGCUAGUAGUACUGGUUCGCAUCUUCCCUCGCCGCUUUCAAUUCAUGACGCGCCUCGAUCACCCAUGUCUCAGUCAGUGGAAUCAAAUCCUCGCUCGUCUCCCGAGGAUGAGCCCACGCUGGACCAAGACACGGUCUUCUCUUUUCCAAUGCCCGGCAGUCGCCCUCCGGCUCUUGUGGGAACACCUUCAUUGAAGAACGAUAUUUCGCUCCGGACUUCAGCUCGAAUCGCCUCGGCUCCGUCCCCGCGCCCAGGACUUAAUGUGGUUCCCGAAAACGUGCAGCUUCCCCCGAGCCCGCUGCCCCCUCAGGCGGAACUGGGUCAACAGGGCCACGGUCGGGGUGAAUCGAUUGCGAGUCAGAGUAGCUAUCGUAGUUCGCUUGGAAGCACGCGUCAUGGAGAGUCGACGACAAGAUCAUCGGCCUCGAGGUCAUCGACCCAGAGUAUUUCCCGAGGCCUACGCUCCUUUAUCAAUGACACGCCGCCUCUUCCGCCAGCGCCCCUGCGCACACCGAAUCAAGCUUCGCUUGGAAACGACUCUAAAUCUGAAAUUAACCGGACUCCUAUCGCCCGCUCGGAACGAGGCAAUUCCUACAGUGGGUUCGAUUUCGGGAUCGAUCCGAGUACAGUCAGACCCACUCAGCUCGAACCAUCGUUGAAAAAGCAUGAGCAGACCGAGGUUACCAAGCAGAGUCGCCAACAUACCUCAUUGUCCUCUAGUCACAGCACCAACCGACUGGAUCUAGCCGAUACAGAACUGAAUAUCAAUGCCAAUUUCCCUCGUAAGGCAUCUGAAGCAACGAGCGAGAGCGCCACAUCUAUCACGGAAUUCGCACGGGCCAUGGGCUUUGAUGAUCCUUCAGGGUUCACGCGGGAAGAAUCUACGGCCUCUGAAUACGAGUCUUCGGGCGCACGCACAGGAAGCUCAAGCGGAAGUUCCAUGUCCAGCCUGCCCUCCGAUACGAGCUUGAAUCGGGAGAAGAACUCUGAUCCGCUCAACCUGAGCAGUCUGGUGGAGGAUCUUCCGGCGCGGACCCGACAGACCAUUGUGGAAAUGCCAGGUCGUCCUCGAGACACCUUGGACGAGAUUCCUCGAAUUCCUGCCGUCUUCUUCAGCCCUGAUUCGCCGACUGAUCCCGCAAUUGGUCAGGGCAGUCUCUCACUGAUCGAUGAGAAGCGUGAGGGCUCGCUACUAUCACAGCAGUCAGGGAUACAAAAACUUGCGGAGCAGCCAUCACAGUUGCCCUCACCCUCGCCUACACAAGCGCCACGAUCCAUCAAACCCCCGCAAGCCACGGAGGCUUUCUGUCAGUUGCCAUCUACUGAACCUUUACCUAACCACGAGGCAAAGCCACAGUCUUCGCAAAAUGAAUUUCACGAGCCUGUGCCCCAUUUUCGACCAAUGCAAAGGUCUGCGACGGAGCCUAUCAGUCGUCCUCCAACUCGUUCCGGAGCCCGGCCCAAAGGAGACUGCAAAGGUUGCGGUGAACCCAUCACUGGAAAGUCCAUAUCAUCGUCAGACGGUCGUUUGACCGGGCGAUAUCAUCGUGGAUGUUUUGUCUGUUUUGACUGUCACUCGCCCUUCCCGUCUGCCGAAUUUUACGUCUUGAACAAUCGACCUUAUUGUGCUCAACAUUACCACGAGCGCAAUGGAUCCCUCUGCUCCACCUGUCACCAUGGAAUUGAAGGUCAAUACCUGGAAACCGUAGAACACAACGGCAGUCGUCUGGAACGACGACGCUUCCACCCCGAGUGUCUGCAAUGCCGAACUUGUCGGGUCUUACUCAAGGGUGAUUAUUUCGAAUGGAACGGCGAAGUCUACUGCGAACAGGAUGCCCGACGCGCCGCCAAUUCCUACUAUCGCCCUCCGCCUGGACAUUCGGGACCCAUGGGACCACCACAUGGUGGCGGGCCUGGUGCUCCCGGCUCGUUGAGACCACCUGGACCCCCAGGUCCUGGUGCUCGUCGUCGAUCACCUGGCGGGCCUCCAUUAGCCCCCAAUGGGCGUCCAUAUCCCCCUCCUCCUGCAGGAUACCGCCCGCCUCCCUCCCCAACCCCAAGUAAUGGAGGUCUUCGACCCGGUCCUCGCUAUUCUUCGGGUGGUGCCAGGCGGUUUCCAGAACGACGAACCACCAAACUCAUGAUGACCUGA